CAUAUCCCAUCUCUCCCUUGCUUUCUAUUCCCCUUACCAAACUCUCCCUUGUUAUCAAUUCCAGUCCCAGCAAUGGAAGAAAAAGGAAAGCUUCACAUCGUUAUGGUGCCGUGGCUAGCUUUUGGCCACAUGAUCCCCUAUCUAGAGCUAGCCAAGUCCUUAGCUCAAAUGGGCCAUCGUGUCUCCUUCCUCUCCACCCCCAGGAACAUCGACAGGCUGCCAACUGUCGCUCAUGAUCUACGUCCCCGUAUAAAUCUAGUGAAGCUUACCCCACCUCCCGUCGAUGGCCUACCUGAGGAUGCUCAAUCCACCGUCGAUGUCCCACUUGAUCACCUUCCUUUCAUAUUACAGCUGUUGGAUGGACUAGAAGGACCCUUAUCGUCGUUCCUCGAAGACGAUCCACCACCAGAUUGGGUAAUCUACGACAUAAGUGUUUACUGGGCCCCACGUGUGGCGGCUAAGUAUGGGAUACCGACCGUCUUCUUUGCACCGUUCAGCGCAAUGACCCUUUCCAUCUUGGGGCCUCCAUCGGUGCAUCUGGACCUUCAGCCAAUGACGCCCGAGGAAUUAACCCUGACACCUCCAUGGGUUCCAUUCCCUACUAACGUGGCUUUCUCAUACUAUGGAGCCGAAGGAAUCGCAAAAUACAUUAGGAGACGUCAAUCGAGUUCGGGUGUGACUGGAGGACAGAGGUUAGGACUCACAUUCCAAGGAUCUCAUGUCGCCGCCAUACGAAGCUGCCUGGAAUUCGAACCUGAGUGGAUCCUACUCCUUGCCGAGCUUUACCAGAAACCCGUUUUCCCGAUAGGGUUGCUUUCGCCGCACAUACCCAAAAUCGACAAUAGAGAACAUGAAACGUGGGUGGAUCAGGAGUGGCUUGAUACACAAAAGCAUGAGUCUGUAGUUUAUGUUGCGUUUGGGAGUGAAUUGCAAUUCAAUAAAGAACAAAUGCAUGAGUUAGCAAUCGGGUUAGAGCUAUCCGAGUUGCCCUUCUUUUGGGCAUAUAGGGGGGACCCCAGUCUGCUCCCAUUAGGGUUCGAGGAGCGGACCAAAGGCCGUGGGGUCAUUCGCUUUGGCUGGGCCCCACAGGCUAGGUUACUGGCGCACACUUGUAUUGGGUGUUUCUUGAUGCAUGGUGGAUGGGGUUCUUCCGUCGAGGGUCUUGCUUUUGGGAAACCUCUCAUCAUGUUGCCUAUGAUAGCUGAUCAAGGGCUGAUCACGCGUGUGAUGGUAGGAAAGAAGGUUGGAGUCGAGGUGCCCAGAAACCAUGAGGAAAGAAAAUACGCCCGUAUUGGGUGUUUCUUGAUGCAUGGUGGAUGGGGUUCUUCCGUCGAGGGUCUUGCUUUUGGGAAACCUCUCAUCAUGUUGCCUAUGAUAGCUGAUCAAGGGCUGAUCACGCGUGUGAUGGUAGGAAAGAAGGUUGGAGUCGAGGUGCCCAGGAAUGAGAGAGACGGAUCUUUCACGCAGGAGGGAGUUGCUAAAUCUUUGAAGCUAGUGAUGGGUGAGGAUGAGGGUGGUUCCAUCAGAUCCAAUGCUAGGGAGAUGAUGAAGAUCUUUGCCGAUAAGGAACAACACAAUCAGUACAUCAAGGACUUUGCGGAUUACCUCAUCGAGCAUAGAUGCCGAGACUGCGUCCCAGCUCCCUUGGCCUAAUCAUCUAAUGAGAGAUUCAUAUGAAUGAGGCCUACUAACUCCACCAACAGGCAGUGUUGGAUAAUCAACGGUCGGAUGGUGGCUAUUUUAAUUAGUGUACGUGGCUAUGUUAGCUAGAUGAAUAAAUAUAAGACCCAUCAAAUCCAGAUCAGACGGUGUUGGAUGAUGGGGCCCGCAUGUUCGAGUGUAGUAGUUUGUACAUCUGGAAAGGAAACACCUAGUCCAUGACCGGAUGGUGUCGGAUGUUGGGUGUAGAUCGAAUUAGUAUGUUGGGUAUCGAUUGCAUUAGUAUGCCAUGUAUCGUAUGUCACUAAUAAGUAGUUUGGUUGUGUAAUCUACUCUUGUUAGCUACACUGGCCCAUACGUGAACCGGCCACUAGAGAAAAGUACAGAGGUUACUGGCCAUGCUUAGGAUUUCAAGUCUUACUCUCGACGCACGUACCAAUAUUGCAUGUUUGUGUGAUAUAUGGAAUGUUGAUAAGCUUAACCUCA